AUGUCUGCAGUUGCAGAGCAGGUGGUUGGUGGUUUCUCAUCAGCUGUUAUCCAACGUGUUGCUGACAAGACGAUGGAUUACCUAGGGAGCAACUACAAUCUAAGCCAUGCUACCGAAGAGCUUCUGACCAGACUGCGCACAAGCCUCACCAUGGUGAAGGCAAUUACCGAGGUGGCUGAUAACCAUCUUAUCAUCAGCAAUAGCCUUACCAAGUGGCUAAGGAACCUCCAUACUGCUGCCUAUGAAGCCGAGGAUGUGCUUGACAGAUUUGAUUGUCAUGAGAUAGUUGCCGGAAAGCGCAAGGUGAGGGAGCUCAUUUCAUCUUCGGUCAGGGCCCUGAAAAGUCUGGUUGUACCUGAUGAGGGCAUGAAAAUGCUUGAAUGUGUUGUGCAAAAGCUAGACCACCUUUGUGCAAUCUCCAACACGUUCGUUGAGCUAAUGAAGCAUGAUAAUUUGAAUGCCAUUAAGGAGGAAAGAAUUGUGGAAGAGACUACUUCUCGUGUUCCAAUUGAUGUCAAGGUGUUUGGCCGUGAUGAAGUUCUAGAGUUAAUACUGAAAAUUAUGUUGGGUUCAUCUGGCUCUGAAACAGAACCCAGUAGCGUAAGAGCAAAACUUGGGGCAAGGUAUCGCAUUGCUGGUGUUGAUGUUAUUCCGAUUGUUGGUAUGAGCGGCGUUGGGAAGACCACCCUUGCUCAAGUCAUUUACAAUAAUGAAAAUGUAAAGGGUCACUUUAAGCAAAGAUCAUGGGUUUAUGUUUCAAAACACUUCGGUGUGAAAAGAACAUUGCAAGAGAUGUUGCGCUCUUUUAAAGGAAACUAUUCAUCUUUUGGCUAUGCAGAAAGUCUGGAAACAACUGUCAACAAUAUUCAAAGUGUCAUCCAUCAGGAUGGAAGAUUCCUUCUUGUUCUAGACAAUGUUUGGGAUGAGAUGUGUGACCAGUGGAAUAGUUUGCUUACUGCCAUAGCUUGUGACGUGCCAGGAAGUGUUGUUCUUGUCACAACACAAAGCAAAAGGGUUGCAGACACAGUGGUGACAAUGUGUCAAGUCCCACUAACACCUUUGCCAUGGGAGAGUUUUUGGCCAGUUUUCCGGUAUUAUGCAUUUGGCACCACUGAUGUUGUGGUUGAGAACAAUCAGACUCUUUUGUUAAUUGGUGAACAAAUAGCAAAAAAACUAGAUGGUCUGCCAUUAGCAGCGAAAGUCAUGGGAGAUUUGAUGAGGUCCAGAUUUGCUGUAGAUCACUGGAGAAGCAUCCUGGAGAGCGAUUGGUGGGACAUGAGUGAAGUUUUAUGUGGAAUCCUUCCAUACAUGGGAAUUAGUUAUCAAGACCUGCAACCUACACAGAGGCAGAGCUUCGCUUUCUGUUCGAUUUUCCCACAAAACUACCUGUUUGACAAGGACAGAUUGGUCAAUAUGUGGAUUUCCCACGAUUUCAUCCAACACAGCGAAUUUGAUGGAACUAGAUUAGAGGAUAUUGGGAGUAAAUUGUUUGAUGAACUUGUACAAAGAUCAUUUUUCCAGUCUACAUUUGACAACAAGAGAUACACUAUGCACAAUCUAGUAAGGGCUCUGGCAAUUGCUGUUUCUUCAAAUGAAUGCUUCCUCCACAAAGAGACCUCACAGAGAGCAUCACCAACUGUUCGCCACUUGUCUCUUCAAGUUGGUAAUCAACUGCACAUUCAUGAGGCGAACAGGUAUAAAAAUCUUCGGACAAUCUUACUGUUUGGUCAUUGUGACAGUAAUGAAAUUUUUGAUGCUGUUGACAAUAUGUUAGCCAACUCAAGAAGCAUCCGAGUGCUAGAUUUAUCUCACUUUGAGGUGAUGACGAGUAUGCUGCCCAAUCUUGCAUUAUUGAGAAAAUUGAGGUUCUUCGAUCUUUCUUUUACAAGAGUUAACAAUUUGCGCAGCUUCCCUUGUAAUCUUCAAUUUUUAUACCUCCGUGGGUAUACAUGUGACUCAGUUCCUCAAAGCAUUAAUAGGCUUGCCAGCCUACGACACUUGUAUGUUGAUGCUACAGCUCUGUCUCGAAUUCCUGGUAUUGGGCAGCUGAGUCAACUUCAAGAAUUGGAGAACUUCAGUGUUGGAAAGAAAAAUGGAUUCAUGAUAAAUGAGUUGAAGAGCAUGCAAGAGCUAUCUAAGAAAAUAUGCAUCAGCAAUAUCCACAUCAUUAAGAACAGGCACGAGGCAAAAGAUGCAUGUAUGAUUGAGAAGAAACACCUUGAAGCACUGGUGUUGACGGGUAGAAAUGUAUCCAAAGAUGUACUUGAAGGAUUGCAGCCACACCCAAAUCUAGGAGAGCUCAUGAUCGAAGGUUAUGGGGCCAUAAAUUUCCCGAGUUGGAUGUUACAAGGUCAAAUAUACACAAAACUUCAGUCCCUUCAUGUUGGGAACUGUCGACUCCUAGCUGUACUUCCACCAUUUGGAAAUUUCCCUUCACUUAGGCGUCUCAUUCUAGACAACUUGCCGUUAGUGAAGCAUGUUGAUGGAAUAUCUUUUGGUUGUCUUAGAAGUUUGGAGGACCUCAGAGUUUCUUCCAUGACAUCAUGGAUAGAUUGGUCACAUGUGGAAGAUGAUCAUGGCCCUCUCCUUCCACAUGUCACAAGGUUUGAACUUCACAACUGCCCUAAACUUGAAGAAGUACCACAUUUGUCAUUCAUGUCUUCGUUAUCAGAACUUGACAUUUCAUCUUGUGGGAACCUUGUCAAUGCACUGUCACAAUAUGUGGAACUCUUAAAAUGUCUUGAAAGUUUGAAGAUAUCUUACUGCGACCACCAACUCUUACUCUUUGGGCAUCAGUUGAAAUCAUUGAAGUAUCUAUACCUCAGAAAAUGUGGUUCGCUACGUUUGGUUGAUGGGCUACACUGCUUUCCUAGCCUCAGGGAAGUCAAUGUUCUUGGUUGUCCUCACAUUCUUACUGAAUUUUCAGACCAAUCAACGAGACAAGAUGAGCAGGCUGUACAUCAGCUUACCAGUAUAAUUACAGAUUCAAGCUUGUUAAGUAGAAAUUCUUUUCUCCCCUCAGUGCAAGUUAUUGAAAUCGCCCAUAUAGAGGACCAUUAUUUUACCCCAGAGCAGGAGGAAUGGUUUGAACAACUAACCUCUGUCGAAAAAAUUGUGUUUGAUAAUUGUUAUUUUCUUGAACGACUCCCUUCUACACUAGGCAGACUCGCCUCCUUAAAGGUACUUCAUAUCAUGACAAAACCAGUGGCCCCGAGAGAAAAUUUUCCACAGAAACUCCAAGAAUUUAUUAUGCAUGGAUUUCCAGUUGAGGCAGAAAAUGAUUUCAAACCUGGAGGAUCAGCUUGGAUAAACAUUUCUCAUGUUCCAUACAUCCGUCUUAAUGGGAAGACGAUCCAAAAUCGACAAAUGGAUGCUGCCUCAUCGUCUUCAAACCAACAAAUUUGA